CAUGCGCGCAGCCCCGGCAGCUGCUGCUGCCCCCCCCACACCCACACCCCCCCCACGCCUCAUCCCCAUCCGGAGGGCCCCGGCACCCGCGGCGGCGGCGGAAAAGGUGCAGGUCACUUAAUGACCAAAUAAGGUCUCCUUUCUCAUGGUUUUUCUGCUAUGGUUCUCCUGGAGCCAUGGAUGAAUACAACCACUUUGUGGAUUGGGACAAAAUGGAUGUUACUGCCCAGAGCCAGGACACAAAGGACCUGACCUCCGCUGAGCUCCAGGAGCUCAAGCCGCUGGCCCGGAAGGGCUACUGGGCCAAGAACCACUCUCUGAGAGCCAAAAUGUACCACAAACUGAUCAGCAGCAUCCCGUGCCGCACAGUCACCCCCGACGCAAACGUGUACAGGGACAUCUCUGUGACCAUCGUUGGCAAACGCAACAGCCUUACCCUUCCCCUCCCGGAGUUUGUAGACAACAACCUCAUCCCCACCUACUGCCUGAACUCAGAAGGCAUCGGGGCAGUCCGGAAGAUUAUCUUUUGCAUUGCAAACCAGUUCCCAGACAUAUCCUACUGCCCGGCACUGCCUUCUUUCGUUGCUUUGCUGCUCCACUACACCAAAGAUGAGGCCGAGUGCUUCGAGCAGGUCUGUCGCAUCCUGGCCUGCAACGACCCCUCGAAGCGGCUCAUCGACCAGACCUACAUCGCUUUUGAGUCCUCCUGCAUGACCUUUGGGGACCUGGUGAACAAAUACUGCAAGGCAGCACACAAGCUGAUCGUGGCCAUGUCGGAGGACGUGCUGGAGGUGUACUCUGACUGGCAGAGGUGGCUCUUUGGGGAGCUGCCCAUGGUGUACAUUGCUCGGAUCUUCGACGUGUUUCUGGUGGAAGGCUACAAAGUUCUCUUCCGGGUGGCACUUGCCCUUCUGAAAUUUUUUCGCAAAGGCCGAGCUGCUCAGCCCGUGGAGUCUCAGAGCAUCCAGCAGGAAAUCCGAGCUUUUGUCAGGGACAUCGCCAAGUCGGUGCCUCCAGAGAAGCUCCUGGAAAAGGCCUUUGCCAUCCGCCUGUUCUCCCGGAAGGAGAUCCAGCUCCUGCAGAUGGCCAACGAGAAGGUUUUGAAGGAGAAGGGCAUCACAGUCAAACAGAAAAGUCUUGCAUCUCCCAAAAGACCGAGUGUGAACUUAGCAGUCCAUGCUCAGAACUUCAAGUCUGAAAUUGUCAGUGUGACAGAGAUGAGGGACAUCUGGUCGUGGAUCCCCGAGCGGUUUGCUCUUUGCCAGCCCGUCCUGCUCUUCACCACCUUGGAACAUGGCUUUAGUCUGAACAGGUUCUAUGCUCACAGUGAUGGACAUGAACCAACUCUUCUCCUCAUCAAGACCACAGCAAAAGAGGUCUGUGGUGCUUACCUGUCAACUGACUGGAGCAAGCGCAACCAUCAGAAGCAGCUGAGUUUCUUUGGAACUGGGGAGUGCUUUGUAUUUCGGCUGCAGCCAGAAGUGGAACGCUACGAGUGGGUCAUCAUAAAAAACCCAACACUGGCAGCAGCUGAUUCAGAGCCAGAAAAUCAUUCCUCCCCAGCUACCAGCACCCACCUCUCCAGGAGUGCCCUGCCAGACCGCUCAGAUCAGCUUUCUCCUUUCUUAUCAGCCCGGCACUUCAACUUGCCUUCCACAACAGCCUCCAUGUUCAUGGCUGGCAGCCACGAAUGCAUCAUUAUAGGAGGAGGUGAUGGGCAGGCUCUUUACCUCGAUGCAGAUCUGAACUACGGCAGAACCAGCCACUGCGACACUUUCAAUAAUCAGCCACUGUGCUCUGAAAGCUUCCAGAUCUCUGUCUUGGAGGUGUGGGGCUUUGGGGAUGCCAUGAUUGCUUGAUGUGACUAUCAGUAACAAAUCCUGAGGUUCCCAAGGCAAAUUCUAAAGCAGGAGCCAAGUUAGAAUGUCAUUUCUGCUGGGCUCAGUGUUUUUAGUGAUUACUAAGUGGUGCACUUGAGAGAAGAGCUUAGAUGUUUACUCUUAUUUUAUUUAAGACAGGUCAAGGUGAAGUAAUGUAUCUGGUUAACUCCUCGGCUCUUUACCUCUAGAGAUCUGGAUUCCUGUUCUUUUUUUAGGUAAAACUGAAAGGGUUUCAAACCAUCCUGAAUAGAUACAGGUCCAUCUGGCAGGAUAGGUUUGCAGCUUGGUGCAGUUCCUCAGAAGCACGGAGCUGGCUGAGGUGCACUGUAGAUCUGUGUGCUGCUGGCACCACCAGCUGUCAUGAGCCAGUAGGAUCAAAUGUCUGCUCCCAGGGAACACUGAUGACCUCAGACUGGAUGUAGAACAGUAGCUCAUAAAACCAUUGCCCUACUAUCAGCAGACAUUGUGCUGACCACUGUGUAAGUGGUGACAGCCCUAGAUUCAUGCCAGAGUCAUGAUAGCUUCUUAACCUCCUCCUUCUACCUGAACCUUGACACAUUCCAGUUGCAUCUCUUUGAGGAGGCUGCCUCUGAGGAAGGCAUCCAGACUGGACAAUGAUAUCUCAAAGGCUUGAUUUUGUUUACAUUCCUGUUCCAUAUCAGUAUAAUGACUCCAAAGUGACUCAUCUUUCAGGCAGCUGAAAGCCAGAGCAUAUAUGCAGUACUCAGAAACUUCCCUUUCUUUAUCUUUCCUGGAAGCAGAAAUGAAGCUUUAAAUCUGAGAAUAGCCAUGCUGAUAUCCCUACAUAUUUGAGGAGUUCUGAUACCAGAAGCUUAGUGCUUUUCCCACUAGUAAAUUGAAAGGGAGGUGGGAGGGAAAUCUGUGAAAUAUUAUUCUGGGAGGGGACAAAUUUCCCAGGAGAGCUCUAGAUGACACUAUUUCUCCAUAUCAAGAGCUGGAUAGUCCAGAGCAUAUAACAGGAUACUCUCAAAGCCUUGGUAGGUAGUUGGCUGGUAAGAUUUGCCACAACAGUGAAGGCAAAGAGGAGCUGCUGAUUUUUUUUUUUUCAGCAGUUCAAAUUUUAAAAUUUCUUUAGAGUGGUGGAGAUGUUUCUGCUACUUACAUUUGAAGUUGAUUAGUAGGCAAAGUUAAAAAUUUAUAGUGAUGGAAUCUCAGCUAGGGCUUGGUUAGCUUUUCAUCAAUGAAAAACCAUAUAUAUCAACAACAGCCAGCUGUCCUUUCACAACUUAACCAUAGGCUUGAUUGAACUCAAGAGGGAGGCAUAAUUGAGUUAUUUUUAUGUAUUUUGAUAGGGAAGAGCAUUCAUAUCUGUCUUUUUUCAAAUUCUAGCUGAUGCUGCCUUCUGUAGUUUUUGUUCAAAGCAAGCUCUAGCACUUUGCACUUGCUAGUAGCCUACAAGCUCUCUCAGACAAAAUAAUCACUCAGAAAAUGUAUCCCAUUUAGAAGGUUCUCCUAAAUGUAAGUGGGAUUUCAGUUCUGUCCAUAUCUGCUCUCUUUUGAGCUUGCCUGAUGUGCCCUUGAACAAGAAACAAGCAACAAAAACACAGUAGCAUAAAUUUCAGCUUGUUAGGUUGUCAGAAAUUCCCUCGAGCUGUGUUUUGGCAGGGUUUGUGGGACUGUAGUGUAACACUCAAAGUGAAGAGGUUUGAUCUACAGAACCUCUCCUGCAGUUGGCAGUGGGGAUGGGAAUUUCUCACUCCCCAUGGCUGCUGGAUGCAGUUUGGAGGACUGCACCCUGUGCUAAGCCAUAUCCAGGACAUGCUUUCCCUGCUCUCUUUUUAGUGCAUUGGGAUUUGGGUGUUUGAAAUCAGAAACAAACUCCUAGCUACCAAAAAAAAAAAAUAAAAAGAGUUCUUUUAACUUCUCCAGGUGGCCAACCAGCCUUUCCCAUGGGACUGCAGGUACACCUUCAGUCCUGGAGUGGCUGGCAGGGUGCUCUGUGUCCCUGCACUUGCAGCCUGGGUGGGUGUGCUUGGAGCACAGGUUACACCCCAAGAAAUUGGAGCUGUGACCUCUGUGAGUGUGCAAAUGGCAGCAGGGUUGCCAGGUGAGUCUCCUCCUGCUGGCUCUUCCUCUUCAUAUCAGUUUUGAGGCAAGGGUCACACUAGCAAGGGGUGGUUUCAGUCUGAUCCCUGCUGCAGGGCUGGCAUGUUGGGAUACAUUUGAACAGCCCAAGCAGAGGCUGUGAUAAUCCAGCUAGGGAAUUGUACAGUCCUGUGUCAUCCUCACACAAACCUUUUGUUCAGUAAAAAAUGAAUGUUUCUGUUCAAGUGCAAAGUCCUCCUGUGAAGUUCUCCGUGUGGUUCUCAGACACCUUAGAGGAAUAGCAUAGGGAGGUGCUAUGCUGUUCACAUAGUGAGGUGGUUUUCUCUCUAGUAGCAAAGAGACAUUUUGUUUCUGUAGUUAAUGGUUGUUGUUGACCCAAUGUGUAUCAAAGUCCAAGUACUUAAGCCAACAGUUUGUGUUACAUGCAAAACUCUUGAGGUGGGGACCACAGACUGGUUUUUAAGACAAUGAGUACAAUCAGCACCUUAUCAGAAAGUUAAAAUUAGCUGAAGUGGCCCAGCUGUGAAGUGCUUUGGUCGUGUUGUAACUCUUCACAAGUGUUGAUGGAGUUCCCAGUCAACAGCAAGGCUGCCAGUGUCUCCUGAGCAGCUGCUGUGGGGCUGGAGAGCUGAAGGCCAGGCAACAGCUUCUUUCAAGAACACAUUUGCUCUCCUGAUAAGCCACUUUUACUUUGUGAUACUAUUUUGAAGGCAGAAGAAGACAUCAGAAACUUGAAUUUAUUUUAAGUGGCAUCGUAGGUGUGUCCAGGCCACAGGAACUGUUUCCAGAUGUGAGCCUGGCUGGGCAGGCAGCAGCACUGUGCCCAGGAGCCCUCAUCCAUCACAUCAUGCACUUUGACGCUCCCUGCUCUGAUGAAGCAUGUUAAUUGGCCUCUACUGAUAAGGCCAGUUAGUGAAGAGAAGGGAAAACCUCCUGUUUCCUCUGUCUUGAGAGAACUGAAGUGAGGGAGGGAUGGGCAGUACUGCUCUGUAAAGAAUUAAACUCCAUGCCAGCAGAGGUCUGUGUUCAGCCCUGGAAGAGUGGCACUUGCAGACUGAGCAACUCUUAUGUGUGCAUCGGGUCGUGGUGCUUUCUCCUUGGAAAUCCAUCCUCGUUGCUGAUGGGGCCCGAGCUCUGCUGCCCACACAUCACCAGAGCAGGGACCAAGAUUUCUUUUUGGACAUAGCACUGAGAGAGUUCAUGGCCAACAGCCUGAGCCCUGGGCACCCAGCUGUGCUGCCUCUGCCUGCUCUCUGUCAUGAAUUUCAGAGUAUUCAUAGCUGAGAUGAGUGUGCAUGUUACCUGGGGUGAUGUUAUUCUUCAGGUGCGUGGUGGUGUGCUGCUGACUUCGUUUCCUACCCCCUCGUUGGAAUUGCUGCCCUAUGUCAAUGGUAUUUUUGUCACUGUGCAGAAUCUUGAAUUAUAUUAAAAUGUGUUUGUGGAGGCUGC